AUGGCGCUUGUAGGGCCGAAGUGCUCGGUAGUCCUUCUUCUUCUCAGUGUAUGGGGGAUAUUGAUGCUUCUUCUUAUGGGUGUUUUUGCACGCGUAAACGCAGUCGCAUUCUCUGAAGACAUACCACUAAAUGAAACAGCUUGGGCUGCUAGUGGCUAUGCUCCUUUACAUGUAGAGGAAGCUUAUGUAAUGGUGUCGAAUAACUGUUUUAUAGCUGCUGGGAUCUACGUCGUUCUGCUAAUUUUUUCAGGUGUUCAAUACUAUUUCAAUAAACGAGCUAACUAUUUAGCGCAUUGA